UGAACGUCGCUUAAUUUCAGACUCGUGUUCCAGUAUACAUGGGUCACAUGCCGAUGGGCACAACCGUGCAAAACCUUCUUCAUUUCCACCAGCUUUACAAAGCCAGGAACUUCGUCAUGUACGACCAUGGUCCCUCCGAGAAUAUUCGUCGAUAUGGACAGAGAACUGCCCCACCGUACCCAUUGGAGCGCAUACGUUUACCGGUGGCCUUGUUUUGGUCACACGGGGAUACCUUGGCUGGAGCAACCGACGUGUCGACAAUGGCUGCCGCUCUUGGUUCGAACGUCAUAUUAAACUACGCGGUUCCUGUUCGGACCUUCCGCCACCUAGAUUUCGCCACUGGAUACAGGGCUAAUGAUAUCUUGCAUAAUGUUGCCCUAGAACUCAUUCGAAAGCGCAUUGGCCGAAACCCUUAAUGUCAAAGGAAUGUAACUUAAAUAUAUAAAAACUUUAACGUGUUCUUUGAACGCACGGGGCAAAUGUACAUAGGGAACAUACUUGAUAGAGUAUAUGAUUUGUAUAAUUGGGAUACUGAAACGUGUUCCUAGAACAACUUCACUGAGCUGCCAUUGAGUUUCCGUUCUGGUAAAUGUUUAUUACGAAUCGCUUUGUCAAAAUUACAUGAUUAACAGUAGUCGAGCAAGGAAUGUCACUGCAUCCAACCGCUUCGACGAGGGGUGUUUGCGUUCGUUUGGGCAGCAACGGCUUCUGGCAUUCUUCGUUCUUCAGUUUAGCGUAGCUGCGUAGGAAGGAGUGAAAGGCAUCGUGUCAUAAAGAUCAGCCCUAUUUUGUACACCAUCACAGCCAGAACUGCGAGCAUGACUGCUUUAAGCAGUCAUGCUAUCUAUUAAAGUGAGUAGUCAUCUGUUUUAUUUCUGUGAAGGAACGAUGGUGAUACAAUGAGACAAACGUAUAUAUUACGAGCAGAACUGCAACCAAAGCAUAAAAAAAUGUUGCUUUCUAGGCCAUUUCGUCUUCCUUCAAGUCUGUUAUAUCUGUAACGCACUGUCAUUAUUAUCGGCAACAGAAUGCACUGUUUUCACUGAUAUUGUUGCAUGAAAGAUUGCACGGUAGCGAAACUAUGCCACAGUGCAGAGGCUAGCAAUUAGGUGCAAGGGCGCUUUGUGGUUUUCCGUUCGGUGGCCGCUGAUUUCAUUGCCGAGUCAC